AUGAAGGGGAAUCAAAGUAGGUCGGGUAGCUGCACAGCGUCCUCGUCGAAUGUGGCAAAGUCAUCAGAUGGUGGGACGGCGUUGGCGCAGGCACUGCGCGAGGUGGUGCAUCAUGGUCGCACUUUUUUCAGGGCGCAGUACCUGUAUGUGCGCCGUCGCGUGACGGUUAUCGGCAAGUUUAUUCACAUUACAGUGCGCUCCCUUUACUUCCCUGAUGAGUUCUCCUUUUAUCUCGACACUGUUGUACGAUUCUUGUUCAGCGUGUACUACAUCCCUUUCCUUGCGAUGGUCUUCGCGCUGACGCACGCGGCGAUCGAGCGGAUUGUCUGGGUACUUGUGAUCCCGGUGACGCAGGAGAUGGAGCGGCGUCCAUUCAGCACUUCGCGCGUGUCAACGCUCGUGUACGGGCUUGGCUCCAUCGCAUCCCACAUGACACCGUUUGCCACCCUGGCAGUAACAGUCGCCACCGCUGGGCACAAGGUCAUGAAUUGUGUUGCGGAGGCCAUGGUAGACGCCUACACAACGCAGCGUGACAUGGACUAUCCUCUCCUCCGUGCUCGCCUGCGCUUCACCGUGAAGAAAAAGUCACGAGUGGUCAUCUGCGGAGUCGUCUCGGCGAGUAUUGCCGUCGCGUGGGUGCUUCUCUGCCACACAAACGCCUUUGUGGAAUGGUCCGGCCGCGAGCCGUGGGCCACUGCGGCCGCGUGGACGGUGUUUGUGAUACAAAUCUGCUUUGUGCUGACGACAAUGCUGCGGGAGGUGCCGCUGGAAAAUAAGGCGCUGAAGGGCCGUCGUAUCUUUGGGCUCCGUGACCGGCGAUGCCACCAAGAGCCGACGCAGCUCCGCAACGACAUGGAGGUGCUGCCCGCAGCGGAUUCACAACCGCUUCUGCAGCCGGUAGAGAGCACCUCCUUGUCUCAAGGUAGCAGCAUGUCAGUGAGUUCUCCGCUGCUGGUACGCCGUAGCGCUGGCAGCGGCAGUAGGUGGACCGCCAGUGGAGGGGGCGGAGACUCGCCACCACACCACUCUCCCUCUGACGCCAACUCCCUCGCCACAGCGCAGGCGUCGACGCCCGCCAUGGUGGAGAACGUGCCCAACCUCCUUGGUCCCUCAGCCUCCCAAGUAUUCGUCACGUACGUCGAGGACGACUGGUGGCGCCACCACAUCCACACCAUGCGCUACAUUGGCUUCUUUAUGGUUGUUUUUUUCACCAUUGGCUUUGCAGUGGCACGCGGCCCGGUGUUUGGCCUCACGUCCGGUGUGAUGAUCUUAACCUCCCUCAACGCUCCGCACCUGUUCGGGCACAUGGCCCUGUCGACCUCGGCCGCAGUGACGCGCACUCUGCGCUCGUACACGUGGCUACUGCGCCACCCGGAUGCGCUGCUGCCCAUUCUCAUGAUAGCGACGCCGUACCAGCUGCUGCUGAUCAGUGCGUUUCGUUGUUUUCGCCAACAUCCGCUGCUGUGCUUGAUGCUGGUGUGGGUGAACAUGCUGCUGGCCGCGCGCGCUAUCGACCUCGCGCGGGAGUUCGACGUGACGGUGAAUGGGUCGGUGCUGUGGAAGUACGCCGACUCUGGCGUGUCUCUCCCGCCAGCGCUGGCGAGCGUUCUCGAGGACGUGCACGAGAAGCAGUACCACCGCCCCGACGUGGUGAGCUUAGACAUGCUGAUCGACAUUCGCCACAUGACAAUUUUGUACGCUGGCGGGGCUAAGGUGCACCUCAAGCGUCAGGCUGUGACUCCGCCGGGGACACUGCGGCGCUACGUGUGUGAGUACCACUUCUACGCCUACACUCUGCCGCGUCUUCUGUCGCUGCAGAGCGCCGGAAACUUUAGUGGCUCGAAGUUUCGCACAACGCGGGUGGUGCUGCGCUUCAUCUCCAUGACGCUGCUGCUGCUCUACGCGCUGCUUGUGUCAGGGCUCAUUUUACAGGCGGCGUUCCCGCAGCUGCGUCCGCUCCCGGUGCGGGUGACGGCGGCGGCAGACAACAGUCACCUCACUUUUGACCACAUUGUAGUACGCAUGCAUCUGCUUUCACAGAAUGCGUCACGACGGGCGGCAAAGGCAAACACGUCCAACUCAGUUCUGGAGGGGUAUCUCUCUGGCCUGCCGGAGGCGGCGUCGAGCGCGUUCAUGUGGCACAACAUCACGUCGGCCGAUAACGAGGACUUCUACCCGCAACUCUGCACGCGGCAAUACGGCGAGACGUCUGUGUGGGAGCUCGCCCUCCUCGCUGUGGCGCCGUACCUCUUCAACGUCGAGGAGUUCAACACGAUGCUGCGCUUCCUAAACGCGCACAUGGGAUCCGACUGGGUCAUUCAACCGCGCCACGGCGCGUCAUGCGUGCCUGGCGACUCGAAUCACCAGCCGACAGGGUGGACCGACUUUUACGAGGUGUACAGCGAACAGCGUGACACCUCCGUCAUUGCGGUGCGUGGCACCGACAUGUUCUCCUUCACCGACUUCCUCUUCAACACGAACAUCUUUUUCGAGGUGGUGCUGUACCAGCUAAUGACGACUCUGCUUCCAGGCACCGUGGUGGUUCCAAAGGACCUCAUUGUCGACCUCCUGCGCACCGCCUCGCUGCCAGCGGACUCGCACGGCGACGUGUACGAAACAUGGACGGAGCUGACACAGAGCGGCAAUCACAGUCUGCGGCGGUGUCAGCAGAACAACUUCCGGCGCGACUUCUUUGCCGACCUGUACAACCACAUCGCCUACGUGGGCUCGCGACCAACGCACCCGCGGCACCUCGUGCUCACCGGGCACUCGCUCGGCGGUGCGGUAGCGGCUAUUGUAGCGGCACAGAUGCGGGUAAAGGCGGUGGCGUUCAGUGCACCGGGCAUCGCUCUGGCGCGCAAAAAGUUCAGCCUCCCGUUGAGGUCGAUCAACGAGAACAUCAUGAGUGUUGUGUUGUCAAACGACAUUGUGCCGUCGGUUGGCGAGCAUGGCGGAGAAGUACACCACGUGGAGUGUCUGGCGGCCACGCGCGAGCUGUGCCACGCGAUGGAGUUCAUGAUCGGCUCCCUGUGGCGCUCCUGUAGUUCUGUGCGGGCUCGCUUCCCCUCAAUUAAAGACGUAGUCUAA